UCUGACAUCAUUGUUUAUGAUGGAAGCUUGAGUUCCUUGCUGACCAUCAUAAGCUGCGGAAGAUGUACUUACCACAACAUUCAAAAGUACAUCCAACUCGAGCUCGUCACCAACAUAGCAGGCACAUUGAUCGCGUCUAUAAUCACACUUUCGUUGGGAGACACACCGAUCACAGGCAUUCAUCUGAUUUGGGCAAAUCUUAUUGUGACAGUCCUAGCGGGGCCUGCUCUACUGCUGGAGCCACCGAAGAAAGAGCUGAUGCACAAGUCUCCAAUGAGGCAAAAUGAGCCCCUAAUUUCAAAGCCCAUGUGGAGAAAUAUAGUCAUUCAGUCUACUUAUCAAACCACCAUUUUGGUCAUCUUCCAUUUUAAAGGGCAAGCUGUGAUGGGCAUCACCAAAAAGGUCAAUAAAUCCAUGAUCUUCAACAGCUUUGUUCUGUGCCAAGUGUUUAACCAAGUGAACUCAAGAGAGAUAGAGAAAAUGAAUGUGCUUAAAGGGAUUCUUCAAAAUCCAUGGUUUGGAGUGGCUGGUGUAAUCAUAGUAAUAUUACAGGUGGGUUUCACUGAGGUCGCUUAUAUUCUGGUGGACAAUGCAAGGUUGAGUUUGGUGCAGUGGAGUGUGUGUUUUUUAAUAGGAAUCGGUUCUUGUCUUGUGGAUUUAGCUGCAAAGUGUGGUUUCGAGUUUGUCAAGAAUUGGAAAUUCUGUUCCCAUGUUGGAUCAUCGGCCACCAUGACACACUCCUCCUCCUCAGACUCG